AUGCUGGAGAUCAUUCAGCACCACAGUGCUCUGAAGCAGUUAGAAUUGGUUAUGGACAAGGCUGAAGAGGCACUCGGGGAACAAGCUGCAGAUGAGCUGGGUCCCCAGGAGAAGAUUAAUCAGGCCCUGCCUCAAGAUGAUACAGAGAGCCCCUGUGCAGCCUCCCCGCUGGGGUCUGUGGGUCCCAGCUCCACACAGCUGGUGCAGCUGAGCUGGGAUAACCCCCUGCAGCGUUUGCUCUUCAAGAGGACUCUCCUGUCCAUCUGGAAGGUGAUAGCCAGUCACAGGUACAGUGGCCCGUUCCUGAAGGCAGUGUCAGACAAACAAGCCCCUGGAUACAGUGAUGUUGUGAAGAGACCCAUGGAUUUAACCAGCAUAAAGAGAAACUUGUCCAAGGGCCACAUUCACACCAGCGCCCAGUUCCAGCGCGACCUCAUGCUCAUGUUCCAGAACGCCGUCAUGUACAACAGCUCGAGCCACCACGUGCACCGCAUGGCCGUGGAAAUGCAGCGGGAGGUCUUGGAGCAGCUGCAGAUGCUGGGGGAGGCCCUCCUGUGCUCCGGGGACCGGCUGGGCUGGGGCAGAAGGUUGAUGGGAUGA